UGGCGGUUUUUAAAAAGGUCUGAAGCGACAAGCGUUCCAGAAGACACAACAAGGUGCCUGACAGGAAACAAGAUGAGACUGCCUUUCCAUAUCAGUGCCUCCCAGGUCACCCUUCUCUUCCUCGCCCUCCUCUGCCCAAUCCCACGCACAGUUUCCACGCAUUCCCCGUCCUCCGCCGCCUUCUAUCCCAUACUUGGCAGGCGUGAACUGGAGUCCACGCUGUAUGACCUGAAAGCUGCUCUGCAGGACCCCAAAGACCCCAAACCCUGGUCAGACUGGCCUCAAGACUCUCCACAAACUCCAGAGGAGGAGGACGAGCCAUGGGAAGAAGAGCAGCUGCUCAGAGCCCAGAGAGGAGACGUCAUCCUCUCCCCAUUCGCUGGGGACAACUCUCUGGAGGCCAUGAACUAUCAGGAGGGAGGAGAAGGCGAGGAAGGCUGGAAGAGAAACGACGCUCUGACGUCCAUGGCCGGAGGGCUCCAAGCCGUCAGCCGAGAGAAAGGAGGAUUUGGUUUCCGCUUUGGGAGGAAGAGGCGGCGAGAGAAGGGGAGGAGGGAUGGAGGGGUAAUUGAAGGGGUUGGAGAACAGAGGAGGACGACUGAAAGCAGAAAGCGAGAUUUCACCUGGGAUGAAAGCUUGGACUGAUGAAGGAAAAGGAUUGCCACUUUCAAACUGCAAGUGUGGGGUUAAAUAGGAUUUAAUUUUUUUGCUUUAUUGGAAAAUAAAAGGCAACUAUAGAAAUGCAUUUUACACAAUUAAAAAGGUGCAACGAAGCUGCUCAGUAUUAACUGAAAGAAGCAAGGCAAUAAGGAAGAUUUUCCUCUAAUAAAUAAACUUUUACCAUAACAUUAUUUCCAUGUUUUAAGAGUUCAUAUUAAAUGAAAACAAACAAUUGUACCUUC